GACGCAACCAGACAUCAAACAAUCCCGAGCUGCCACCACAUAGAACAAGUCCUCCUCGUUCUUCACACCCACCAUGUGGCACUCCUCCAUGCCGCGCCGGCCAAGCAACACGCGUUGCUAGUACAUAAGACCUCGUCCCUCCUGCCACUCCUCUUGAUGGUUGCUUCUUCCACCUCUGGCUCAACCAAGAAUUUAGCGGAGGUGAACUAGUAGUCUCUAGGACGGCAAGAAGAGCGAAAAGUUGUAGCUUUGAAUUUUGGUAGAAGAAGAGAUGGAUCGGUUGGUGAUACCGGAGCCGUCGAGCGAGGUGGUGGUGCGGGUGGAGCCCGGGAGGCAGUCGAGGGGGGAGCUCACGCUGCGGAACGCGAUGCACACCAUGCCGGUGGCGUUCAGGCUGCAGCCGGCUGUGAGGGGCCGCUUCGCGGUGCGCCCGCACACGGGGAUUUUGGCGCCGCUAGCCGCGGUCACAGUGGAGGUGGUGUACCUGGCGUCGGCGGCGCCCGAGGGUCCUGGCGGGGAAGGCGGCGGGAGACGCGGGGAGGACGCGUUGCUGCUGCACAGCGUGGUGGCGCCCGGCGCGGCGGUGAAGGAGCCCGUGAUGGCGCUGGACUCGGUCAACCCAGAGUGGUUCUCGGCGAGGAGGAAGCAGGUGUUCGUGGACAGCGGCAUCAGGGCGACCUUCGUGGGCGCGUCCGUCGCGGCCCGCCUGGUCGCGGCCGGCGCGGUGGAGGCGCUCAGGGAGGUGCUUGACCGCAGCGAGCCCGAGUGGCGCGCUGCGGACGCCACCGACGAGUCCGGGCGUACGUUGCUCGACCUCGCCGUCGGCCUCAGCCGUGCCGACAUCGCCCAGGUGCUGCUCGAGUAUGGCGCCGACGCCGACAAGCCGAGCCACGGCCGGACGCCCCUCGAGACUGCCGCCGCCUCCGGCGAGUGCCUCAUCGCCGAGCUCCUCCUCGCCAACGGCGCGACACCCGCCGGCUCAGACGCGCUCCACGUGGCGGCCGCCGCCGGACACAACGACGUCUUGAAGCUGCUUCUUGGCAAGCCUGCCUCUGCUUCACCCGCCUCCUCCUCGUCCGCGUCCUUCUCUUGUUCAUUCACAUCUAUCGACGCGGCGGGGAGGGAUGGCAAGACUCCUCUACGGUUGGCGGCGGAAGCGGGGCGCCGGGACGCGGUGAAAGCGCUCCUCGCGGCGGGCGCAAGGGCCGAAACGAGGUGCGGCACAGAUGGGGCCUCGGCCCUCCACGCCGCGGCGAGGCGCGGGGACGAGGCUGUCGCGUCUCUUCUCCUGUCCCACGGUGCGGCCGGCACGGUCUCUGUGCGCGACGCGACGGGCAAGACGGCCUUCGAGAUCGCCGCCGAGGAGGGCCACGCCGGGCGGAUCAUGGAGUCCCUGGGCCUCGGCGAGGCGAUCCUUGCCGCCGCACGCAAGGGCGAGACGAGGGCCAUCCGGCGAGCGGCCGACGGCGGCGCGUCCGUCGCGGGGCGUGACGCGCACGGGUGGACGCCGCUCAUGCGCGCCGCCUUCAAAGGGAGGGCCGACACGGUGCGCGACCUCAUCGACCGCGGAGCGGACGUCGACGCAGCCGAUGCCGAGGGCUACACGGCGCUGCACUGCGCGGCCGAGGUGGGUCGCGCCGAUGUGGUGGACCUCCUCCUAAAGAACGGCGCAAACGCCAAGGCCUCGACGGUGAAAGGACGAACUGCAGCCGAUGCCGCGGCCGCCGCGGGGAAGUCUAAGGUGGUGCGACUUCUUGAGAAAGCCGGCGGCAUGGGGAGAAAGGAUGUCAGUGAGAAGGCAGCGCCGAUGGUGGCGAAGGCAGGCAGCUUGGACAGGAGGCGGAGGGUGCGAAAGGGGAGUAGCGGCGCCAUACGGUUUGGUGGCGGCAAGGAGGGAUUUGAAGCUGCCGCGGUUACUGUGGGAUGGUCACACUAGCCAGUGCUCAAUUUGAGAAAAGCCUGUUGAACUUUGGUUCAAAAGUGCAAGAUUAAGAACGAUUUGUUCCAAUUUGUGAUUAUUUUGAUGAGAUGAUAAUAUACAUUUGUUUCGAAUGAACAAGGAAGUAAUAUAUGUGUUACACAUGUCGCCGGGGUAGUGUAGUACUGAGUUAUAUAUUUUGUAAAAAUGGAAUCAUUAAGAGUAGGUGUUCCUAGUUUUUUCUUUACUUUCUUUGUCACGCUAAGAUGAUGGCAUGUGUUUACUCGAGGAUAAUAGGUAGGCAUGUCCUGCUGAAAAUUGUACGAUGAUGAUUUGAUUUCAAUACAGA